GUCCAGCGGGCCGGAAGAUUUGGGUUAAAGAGAAAACUCCACUCCCAGCAUCGGCGACAGCAGAGGACAACAAUAUCCAGAGGGCUUGUUCGUUUAUUUCUGCUUCCUUUUGUCCUACAAUCAUGGCUGAGACAGAUUCUUUCCUGCACCUUUCCCGUCCUCUAGGCCCUGUCCUGGCGGGGUCUGCACCCACAACUGCUCCCUUGAACGUUGUCAUCCAGCCUCAGGCCCUUUUCUCAAUCCUCGACCACUCUCUUCGCCGUAACGCUGAUCAGGAACGCGUCAUUGGAACUCUUCUGGGAACCCGGUCUGAGGAUGGCACCGAGGUGGAAAUUCGUAGCACGUUCGCUGUUGGACACACAGAGACGACAGACCAGGUUGAGGUGGACAUGGAAUACCAGAAGCAGAUGCUUGCCCUGCAUCUCAAGGCGAAUCCUAGGGAGGUUCUUGUGGGUUGGUACGCUACCUCGUCCGAGCUGAACACCUUCUCCGCCUUGAUCCAAAAUUUCUACAGCGGCCAGGGCGACGGCACAUGGCCUCACCCAGCUGUUCACUUGACUGUCUCUACCGAACCCGGAAAAGAUAUCGAAACCCGCGCCUAUAUCUCUGCGCCAGUUGGUGUGACCGCCGAGAGGGCUGCCGACAGUGCUGCCUUUAUUCCCGUGCCCCACGAGAUUCGGUACGGCGAAGCCGAGAAGAGCGGUUUGGAGGCCAUUGCUGCGGCUCGGGAUUCAGAGGAGCGUUCCACCUCCCUCUUCACCGAUAUUGAGGCCCUGGAGCGUGCGAUCGAGGAGGUUCUUGGUAUGAUUGACAGGGUUUCUCGAUACGUCGAGUCGGUCAUCGAUGAGGAGGCUCCCGCCUCUACAGCAUUGGGCCAGUUCCUGCUCAAUGCUCUUGCCUUGGCUCCCAAGGUUGAGCCUGCUGAUAUUGAGCGUGACUUUAACAACCACAUCCAGGACGUCCUGGUGGUUUCGUACCUGGCAAACACCAUUCGUACACAGAUGGAGCUUUCUAACCGGCUUGCAACUGCUCAACUCACCCUUGGCGGCGAGUCUGGUAACGCAGAGCAAGGUGGUGCCCAGCGUAAUCAGCGAGGCAAGGGAGGCCGUGGUGGGCAACAGCGCAACCAAGAGCGGGGUGCUGAGGAAGGUCGCGCAUAGGAUGAUUAGAUUUCACUAUGAAGAUACCUUUGCAUUUCUCUUUCAGCUGUUCUCGGGCAUUUCUUUUCCCUCAUGCAACCACUCCAUUUCAAUUCCUUGCCGUUAUGUGCCUAGGGUACUUCGAAAAGUCUUCCAUGCCGCUUCUAUUCCACUUCCUCACCAUCUUUUGAAUUAUGUUUGUGUCAUACAGCUUGGUUGGGAGCUCAAGAGCCAGGGAACAGCGGCAGGGUCAGGGAACAGCGACAGAAACGACAUGAUAGCAAUGAAGGAACUAAAAAGACCUCGGCGUAUGGGAGUCUGGCCUUAUUCAGAGUAAAGGGCUACAAAAAUGAGAGAGA